UAAACCCGUUUGAAUCGCAGAACCCGAAUCCGCUCUUCGAGUUUGGGUUCGAACCGUGUCCCUCAACCGGUCCGGUCGAACCAUCUGCGAGCUCCUCUUACAUCUCCUCUCCCAUGGCAUCUUUCGCGACGUCCCUCCCCUCUUUCGAGUUCGAUCGCGAAACCCUAAGCCUCGAUCCGAAGAACCCUUUUUUCCUUCUCUCUCUUCCUUGCUCUCCGAAAAUUCCUUCGGGCACUGCCAAAUUCUAGCAUCAAUCUUACACCCUAGUGGCGGCUUCUUGCCUUUCUUCCAACUCCAAGCCCUAACCCUAGCACUAGCCCUAAUCCCCCUUAUCCGCUCUUAAUUCUCUCUUCUCGAUACUUGUCUGACCUUUCUGAUUUGUUGUGAACCCUGCUCGACGCCAGAUAACGCUGUUUUCCUCCCUCCCACCUCCUACGAGGAAGGCCUUCGUCUGAACUACUGGACUGCACGAUUGGAGAUCUUCAAUUGGCCUGCAAAGGUCCUCCUUUUUGGCUCUGCUGUGAUUUACGGAACUUCUGUGGAAAUGUCUGAACUACUGUUUGAGCUAUUUCUUUCCUGAUGCGCCAAAAGGCAUGAGAUACAAGUACGCAUAGGCAUAGCCCAAGGUUUUCUCUUUUGCUAAAUGCAGAGAUCACGCCCAUGGGAGGUGUUGUAGAUUGUGGACUUGGUGUAGACACCAAAUCUUCCCCACGUCAUGCAGCAAUCGAGAAGGCACAGGCUGAACUUCAGAAAGAAUUUGACUUACGUGAAGAGCGUAGAAGGGAAUUGAAAUUUCUUGAGAAAGGGGGGAAUCCAUUGGAUUUUAAAUGUAGUCAUGCAGCUUCAGGCAGUGUACAAUCUACUUCUUAUACAGAUCAACUUGCUGAGCCAUAUGUUACCAGUGAAGCAAAAGGUAGCUUCACAUUGGCUUCUUCACCACAUGGAGAUUCCGUUGAAAGCAGUGGGAGACCUGGAGGUUCUAUUGGUCGUGAACCUAAUAUUGGAGACAAUUUAUUGCUUUUGGAUGGGAAAAACAACAAGCAUGGGGAGAAAAAUGCUAAACAUAAAGGUAAAAGAGGUAGUGUUGUUCUUUCAGAACAAUCUUCUCAAGUUGAUGGUUCUCAUAAUGUGAAAGAAACAGAAGACUCUGUUAUUUUCCGUGUUGGGGCUAAAAGUCAGGCAUAUGCCCGGCGUAAUAGAUCCAGAGUCAGUCGUGAUUGUGCCACUUUAGGUUUAACUGAUUCCAGUUCUCGUCAUGGCAAUAAAGCAUCCUUUAUGUCUUCCUACAUGCCUUGUCCUAGGGUUACAAAAGGGUCUGUAUCAGGACUGCCAGUAGAAGACCAUGCUGUAUCUUCCAUUUCAAACUCAAAGGAAGCGAGCCCGGAAGGUAUUAUACCAAAGGCUUUAAAUACAGAUGGUCUAGUCGAUAUGCAGCUGAAUUUGGUGCAAAAUAAUCACAUCUGUGCUGACAUGAUGAUAGAUGGACUGCCUGAGGGUGGAAAAGAACUCAAGAUUACUGAAAAUGUUCAGGGAAAUGACAUCUGCGAUCGACAUUCAUCUUUUGCUGAGAAAGCUUCUAAUGGUACCUUACCACAAUCCUGUGAUAUUAUUGGAAAGGAUGAUGCUCUUUCAGUUUGUUUAUCAUCCAACCCUCUGGAGUUUAAUGAGAGUAAGAAAGAUCCGUGCGGUGCUGAAGUUAUCAACAAAUGUGGUAUUCCAGAAAAAAGUACACAUUGUUUCGAUCAUGAUGAUGAUUUGAGUCAUAAAACUUUUGUUGCUAAUGCUACUACUGAAAACUUAAAUGCAGAUAUCACAGAGGCAAAUACUUGUGUAGAUGGUACUUGUAACAUUCAUGAAAAUACUGACGGUGAUCAGUCUUUGAUGUUGAGGACUGAUGGUAGUUCAAAUGGAGACAUUAAAGACCAGAAAACAAAUAUAGGAAUCUGGUCCAUGCCAGAUGACAGCACAUUGAAAGAAAAUAAGCCUGUUGAUGCUGAUGUCCCCAUUACUGCUAAUGAUAGAUCUAGGUCAGUUCAACCAGACGUCAACAAUUCAGUUGUUCAGAUUAAUAAUGAAGUAUGUGACAGUAGAACUGAGAUGCAGAGUGAAGUCACACCUAUAACCAACUCUGAACUUGUGAAGCUGAAUGAUGAAAUUAUUUGUGAGGCAGAAAAGAAAAUGAAUAACUUUGUAGGUGAUUCAAAUUGUACAAGGAAAGCUGGUAUAGGAGCAAGCUUUCUGGUUUCCUCAACUUGCGAGUCUUCAGAAGCCAUCCUUGUGUCUAGGAGCUCUGCAUCUACUACUGAGCUUGAGACUUCUGCAUUAGAUCACAAAAAGGCACAUGAAGAUGCUACAUUAAAAGAAGCCAGAUUAAUAGAGGCAAGGCUUAGAAGGGCUGCGGAGCUGUCAAUCUCUUAUAAAAGUUCAGAGAAGCGACAAAAAUGUCAUUGGGAUUUUGUGCUUGAGGAAAUGGCAUGGAUGGCAAAUGAUUUCAUGCAGGAGAGGUUGUGGAAGAUUUCAGCUGCUGCCCAAGUUUCUCGAUGGGCUUCUUGUGGUCAAGAAAAGUUUGAACAGGUAAACAUAUUGCGCAAGCAGAAAAAUGUUGCUAGAAGUGUGGCCAAGGCUGUUAUGCAUUUCUGGAAUGAAGCUGAGGUCAUUCAUGCUGGUGACAUGGCACCUAAUGCAGUGCAUGACAAGUGUGAAUCAGAUAGGCUUAGGCUAUCAAAUGUCAAUGGGACUGAGGUAGAGAGAAACCAGGGUCGAGUUUCUGUACUGGAUUAUGCAGUUAAAUUCCUGAAACAUAAUAGCAGCACAGCAAGUUAUGCCAUCUUGGCUGAAGCACCAACUGCUCCCAAGAGACAAAAUGAUGCAACCAUUUUAAAAAUACCUUGGGAAGAUCCACUUUCAGAAGAAAGUCUUUUCUACACAAUACCUCCUGGUGCAAUGCAGGCAUACAGAGAAUCUAUGGAGUCUCAGUGGUUGCACUGCAAAAAAUUUGGUAACUCUUUGCAUCAGGACGAUUGUGAGACAUCUAACAAUUCUGUGGCAGCAGGUGGAACUCAGGACAAUAUAUAUGAUGAGGAUGAAGGUGAAACAGGCACCUAUCUCCUUCCUGGAACUUUUGAAGGUGGCUUGUCAUCGAAACUUUCUCACAAAAAGCAAAAACACAUGCGACAGAAAUCUACUGUUGCAAGACUCAAUGAAAGUGGUACCCAUUUGUCUCAUGAACCUCGCUUGGAAAUCAAAUCAGGAAAUCAACCUUUUAUAUUGAAUGGUAAAAGAACUUCAAAUACUUUUAGUGUUGGUUCAAUUCCGACAAAACGUGUAAAGAGAGCUACUCGACAACGGGUUGUCAGUCCUUAUCCUUGUGGAGUUAAUGGGCCCCUGCAAGUGACUACUAAAACAGAUGUAUCAAGUGAAGACACAAGUUCUUUCCAAGAUGACCAGGAUUCAUUGCAUGGUGGAUAUAUGCACAGGAAAAACUUAGGGGUUGGGUCUACAAUGGACUUUGAGAAGCAAUUGCAAUAUGAUGGUAAUGAAAUAUCCUCAACAUCUAAAAAGAAGAAGAAGAAGCCUAAUAAUUUUGGCUACAAGAAUUCACUAAACCUGACUGAUCCUGAUCUUUUAGUUGUUCCUGGAAAGGCUUCAAUCCAGGGGUGCUCGUACGACCAAAGGUUGCAUGUUGAUCCUGUGAUUCAGCAUGAACAGAAGGAACAUGUUAAGAAGAGAAUGGAGUCACAAAAUUUUGACUCAAAUGGAGGCACUGUUGUUUACGGUCAACAUGCUGCCAAGAAGCCAAAACUUCUGAAGCAACCGCUGGAGGCUUCGCUUGAGGCACUUACCCCUGUGGCCGGUUCAUUGCCUUCACCGGUUGAUUCCCAGAUGAGUAAUAUGUCCAAUUCAAAUAAGCUCGUCAAACUUAUUGCUAAUCGGGAUCGUGUAAGAAAAAGUAAAGCAUUGAAGAUGGCUGCUGGACAGUCUGGAUCUGGAAGUCUAUGGUCAAAUUUUGAGGACCAGGCACUUGUUGUCCUUGUUCAUGAUAUGGGUCCAAACUGGGAGCUAGUUAGUGAUGCAAUCAACAGCACCCUCCAGUUCAAGUGUAUCUUCCGUAAGCCUAAAGAAUGCAAAGAGCGGCACAAAUUUUUGAUGGACAAAAGUGCCGGAGAUGGGGCUGACAGCACGGAAGAUUCUGGUUCAUCCCAACCUUAUCCAUCCACUCUACCUGGCAUUCCAAAGGGAAGUGCACGACAAUUGUUUCAGCGCCUUCAGGGACCAAUGGAAGAGGAUAUUCUGAAGGCACAUUUUGAGAAGAUUAUCUUGCUUGGACAGAAACUGUCUUCCUAUAGCCGUCAGAAUGAUAAUCAGGAACAGAAGCCAACGACACCAGCUCAUAGUUCUCAUGUGGUUGCUCUUUCACAUGUAUGCCCAAACAACUUGAAUGGAGGAAUAUUAACGCCACUUGAUUUUUGCGAAUCAAUCUCUUCAAGCCCAGAUGCUUUUCCUCUUGGGUAUCAGGGGCCUCAUGCUGGUAGCUUAGGAGUCGGGAACCAUCAAGGUCCUGUGCCUCCGAGUCUUCCUACAUCAGGUGUGAGUACCAUGUUACAGGGAUCUCCUGGGAUGGGCCUAACUAGCAGCUUGCCACCAUCUUCUGCACCAUUGAAUUCCUCUUAUAGAGAUUCCCAGAGGUAUGGUGUUCCAAGACCAUCUAGCUCACCUGUUGAUGAUCCACAAAGAAUGCAACAGUAUAGCCAAAUGCUUUCUGGAAGAAAUCCUCAACAAUCUAGUAUGUCCUUAUCUGGGUCUCUACCAGUUGGAGUUGAUCGUAGUGUCCGAAUGUUGCCUGGUGCUGGUGGCAUGGGAAUGAUGCCUGGGGUGAAUCGAGGAAUUCCCUUGCCAAGGCCAUCAUUUCAAGGAAUAAGUUCCCCAGGCAUGCUGAACAUGGUUUCCACUGGAAGCAUGCUUUCAAGUGGCGGUCAGGGGGUGCAAAACUCUGUCAAUGUUCAUCCAAGUGCUAUAUGUAGCCCAGGAAACUCAAUGAUGCGCCCACGGGAUCCUUUGCAAAUGUUGCGGCCUGGUCAAAUUGCAGAGGAACAUAGGCAGAUGAUGAUGCCAGAACUUCAGCUGCAAGUCUCACAAGCGAAUGGGCAGUCUAUUUCUCCUUUCAGUGGAAUGAGUGCCUCCUUUUCUAAUGUGACGCUUCCUGCAUCUGUUCCAACAUUUUCGAUUCAACAACACCAACAGUCUCAUCAAAUGGUGCAACAACAACAUAUGCUUGGAAACCCUCACCAUCACAUGCAAAGCACAAGCCACUCCAGUCCACAGCAGCAGGCAUAUGCCAUGCGAGUUGCUAAAGAGAGACAACUGCAACAUAGGAUAACACCUCAAUCCCAGCAUAUCAAUGGACCAAAUGCAGUGACACCAGUUCAAAAUAAUUCACAGAUGCAACCGCAAUCCCAGUCAUGUUCUCCUGUGACUCCAGUAUCUUCUUCACAAGGUCAACAUAAGCAGCAAAAUUUGUUGAGGAACCCACCAUCUGGAAUUUCAAAUCAGAUUAUGAAGCAAAGACAACGGCAGGUUCAACAACAUCAGCCAAGGCAACAACAGCAGCAAAGACAACAUACACAGCAGCAGGCCAAACUUAUGAAAGAUUUGGGCAGAGGGAACAUGUUAAAUCAUCAUAACAUAUCAGCAGAUGCCUCCCAAAUUAGUGGCUUUUCAACAGCUUCUAAGAACAGAGUUUCUGAUAAACAUCUGAUGCAUCAGGGCCAAGGUGUUUUUCCUGGUAGCCCAUGUCUGAACCCAAGUUGGCAUCAAUCUGGAAGCCAAACAAAUAUCUACACUCAUCCACUGCCACAAUCAACAAAGCAAUCGUCGCCAAUGUCUGAUACCUGCAAUCAAGGCUCAGCUCCGAGUUCUCCCAGCCAUAACAUCUUAGCUUCUCAGCAAGCCUCAAUUCCAUCUUCGAUGCCUUUGCCUAAACAACAUCAGCAACCACAGCAGCAUUAUCUGAAUCAGUCUCAUCAAAGCAUUCAAAGAACAGCGCUGCAGCAAAGCCGGCAGAUAAAUCCCAGUGGUAGGAUGCAAUCAUCAACUGAUCAGAGCCAAAUCAAUCAGAUAGUUCCGAGUGCAUCAAUUCCUCAGUGUACUGAUUCAGGCACUUCUGCUUCUGCGGUUUCAUCUUCCACCCUGUGGAAUCCAGAGCCAUUAUAUGAUAAGAAUGCACCAACAACGAUAGCUAAUGUGGCUAGCUCACCACAGGAAAAUUUAGUGGGAAGUGAAGCUUUAGUGCCCUCCUCUGGCCAGGGCCUGGUACCACCACAGCAAUUGUCAGCUGGCGUGUCUGAGCAUGGGCAUAAAAGCGGGGGACAGUGGCAGCAUCAGCAGCAACAGCAGCCUCAUCAUCAGCAGGAGCAGCAACAUUCUCAGCAUCAGAACCAACAAAUGGUUCAAAGUGAUUUGUAUGCAUGACCUUCAAGCAGGGGACCAGGGUAAUUCAAGAAUAGUACUUGGACCAGCCAUUUCCAAAGCAGUUCCCAACUUCUUUGUAACACUAGUGUACAGAUUUGCAGGUAGUGAAAGAUGAGGAAUACUACCUAUGCUUUUUUUCAUUCUCAUUUGGAGCUCAUUUCAGUGACCUAAAGGCCAGGUACAGAUUGCUUCCUUGCCUUCUCUAAUGUAGGCUUCACCGCACCAGCUUAACAAAAAGCCUCUUGCCUUAAAUCUAGAAUUUGCAUUGUCAUUGUAAAUUCUCUUUGUAGUUAUAGCCAUACUUGGGCUUAUGUAGUAAAUUUUUUGCCCAUCACAUUCUUGAUCAUGUAACGCAGAGAAAGGAUUGUGUUGGUGAACCUGCGUCUGAGUUUGCCAAUUGAAAUUUGUAUAGAUGUGCUUGUUCUUUUCUCGCUGAUAAAUUGUAGUAAUACAAGCUAGUAAAUGGAAAGUGCUCCGUAAAUUUUUUUUUUCUCUGACAA